AUGUUUUGUGAUGUUCCUCCCACGAGUAAAAUUCUAGAGGGAUAUCACGCCCUUACUCCUUCAGGACCUCGUCCUUUAACUGAUGAGUUCCAAUCCAUUUUGGCUGAGGCUGAUAAACCCAAGAAAGGGGGCAAAGGGUCCAAGAGACAUACCAAGAAAGAUUCUACGAAAGAACGGCCUUCUAUGGCUCCGAAACCUCCAUCUCAGAAGCGAAAGGCUCCUACUACCUCUACUGCUACACCAAAGAGAAUAAAGCAACCCGCUAGAAGUCGAAAGUCUCCUACUCCUACUCCUUCUCAGAGUAAAGAUGAAAAUUCGGAUUCUGAUACCGAAUCGGAGAUUCGCAUUGAGGAGGAUCCCCAUGUUCGCAAUGAGGAAGAUGAACCCAUUCGCACUAAAGAACAAGAACACGUUCGCAAUGAGGAAGAAGAACAAGUUCGCACUGAUCGUGAGGUUACCUACAACGCCAACACCACAACAACGAACAAGGCUAUUCAGAAUGUUGGUGCCCUGUUCCAAGCAGAAAAGGUGAACUUUGCUGAACUUCGCACCGUGUUCAAGUCCGAUCAUGAUGCAUUCCAGACUUCUAUUGAUGCGAAACUCACAAAGCUUCAAGCAGACUUGGCGACGGAGAACGAGAUCAUGAAUGCUCUCGCAGUCAAAGAGGAAAAAUGUAAGGUGUUGGAAACCAAGCUUCACUUCACUCAAAAGCAGUACGAAAGCAUCUGGCAGAAAAGCUAA